AAUAAUGAUUCUUGUUCCAGACGGUUUGAGCAAUGUCCCUCAACUUAUCAGAAAACGACAUUGCGGAUUACCUACGUCGUCAUGACAACGCCUACGCCAUCCAAACUUUACCCGCCAUCUUGUACCUCGUCAUACUGAUGCUACUGGGCUUUGUCGGCAACUCCAUCGUCUGCUAUGUCUAUCUCUUUAAGUUUCAUAGUGUCACAACCACAUCAUACUUCGUCGUGGCAUUGGCAGUGCUAGAUCUCUUAAACUGCAUCACAAACAUCCCCUUUGAAAUCGUCGACCUCAGACACAACUUUACCCUCGGAUCUUCGGUCGUCUGCAAGAUCAUGCCAUUGACCGUGACCUUUGUAUCUCUUGCCUCUGGAACUGUUUUGCUAGCCGUUGCAGUGGUCAGGUAUCGGAAGGUGUGUCAUGCGUUUCGCAAACAGUUGACGAAAUCGACAGCAAAGUUGGCCAUUCUGCUUUGUUUUGUAUUGGCUGCCGGUAUGUCCGCGCCGAGUGUGUUUCUAUUUGGGCCAAGGACGGUCGUGCUUGGCGGGGACGUUAACGGCACCGAAUGUGGCGUAUCGGAAUCUUUUGAAGAGAGCGUGUUCGCUGUCGUUUACAACGGAGUCCAGUUUCUCGAGUUUGUCGUUGCCACAGUGACUAUCGUCGUGCUGUAUGUAUUAAUAUGGCGUCAGAUAUCAAGGCAGCACAAAUACGUGAGCACGGUAACCACGAGCGCCAAUACUGGACGAACCUAUGAGGUUCACGUUGCCCGCAGCAGCGAGAACGAGGCCACGUCAAUGUCAACGGGAGAUCUAUAUAUUUCGUCCUCAAAUGACAGCGAACAGGGUAAGAGUAUCUCCAAUGUCAGCAAAUCACAGGAUUCGACCAUUCCUGGGAACAACAGUGCUACAACAGUCCAAAGACAGCCAAAUCUUGAAGAUGCACAACAGCCAUCUCAGUCUGACGACACAGACACGGUGAGAGUCAAGGACACGCCAAGGUCACAACGUGAGAUACAAGUCCGGAAGACAACAUUAAUGCUAUUCCUCAUCAGCCUCGUUUUCAUUCUCAGCUUCCUGCCUCAUCUUGGCAUCAUGGCGGCCACCGUUAACAACAAGCACCUGUACGACAAUCUCCAAGGAGCCCAGAUCGCCGCAUACAACAUCUGUGAGAGAUCCUAUUUCAUCAACAGCGCCUCCAACCCCAUCAUUUACAGCUUCUGCAGCGUCAACUUCCGUCGAGCCGUCAGGGAUAUGAUAAAGAGGAAGAAAUAAUAAGAAACCAGACUCAGAAACGUUUAGCCUGAUGGCCUACGAUGCAUCGAUGGAGAAUUCGUAACUACUGUACAAUACAUGAGCAGCGACUAUGACCUCAAAAAUUGAUAUUAAUGCCCAGACUCAUACUUGUUUUAAUAGUGCCAGUUCACUCAAGUAACAUCGAUACCAGACUGUCACAGUACACUGACUCCGAGCCAACAUCGUUGCUAAGAGACACGAAGGGUAACAAUAAGUACCAUCAUUAAACAUAUUUGGGUUUGACUCGGACGAGGAUCGAACUCCCGAUCUUAAGCUACUCGGGCAGACGCUUGGCUAACAACACCACGGAGGUGGUGAAAUCUAUGGCGGAAACAAGAAGAUAGAGAGACUUCGAAAGAGAUUUAGAAGACAACCCGUCACUGCUUCAGCUGUUAUUUUCGGGUCCACAGAAUAAUUUGAAGUCCAAGUUGUGAAGUCGUGUUAUUCUUAAGACCCCUCUCCCAUCCACCAGGGUGGAAGUCAUUUACUGUUUCAGUUGAUGCUGGGGUAAAAAAACUAAUUUGCUAUCCCAGGACCACUAGCUGCCAAGUCAGCU